AUAGACACCCAAUCCUCUCCUCCCCCAUUUCCAAACUGACCAGAAUCCACCACAACAAAAAAAAUCAAAAAUGUCAUCUUUCUCCCUCCCAAUCCAUCUUCUCCGGCGAUAUCUAGUGGAACCGACUGCAGUCUCCUCCUUUGAAUGGAUCCCCAACAAAACCUUCGCCUCCUCCCUCACCUUCCUCUUCACCACCAUCUUCUCCUACCUCUCCCUCACCCUCCUCCUCCACCUGCGCCUUCUCCCUCUCCCUUCCCUCUCUCCCUCCUUCCUCCGCCUCCUCUCCACUUUCCACAACAUCAUCCUCCUCCUCCUCUCUGCCUCCAUGGCCCUCGGCUGCUCUCUCUCCUCCUUCACCCAAAUGCCCUCCUUUUCAUGGCUCCUCUGCUUUCCUCCCUCCACCUCCCCCUCCGGCCCCGUUUUCUUCUGGGCCCAUGUUUUCUACCUCUCCAAAAUCUACGAAUUCGUCGACACCGCCCUCAUCCUCCUCGCCGGCGGCAAACGCCUCUCCUUUCUCCACGUCUACCACCAUGCGGUCGUCGUCCUCAUGUGCUACAUCUGGCUCUCCACAGCUCAGUCUCUGCUCCCUGUGGGGCUCAUCACCAACGCCGGAGUACACGUAGCAAUGUACGGUUAUUACUUGUCGGCCAGCAUUGGGUGGCGGUGGGGGAGGCGGUGGAAGCGGGCGGUGACGAGGCUUCAGAUCGCGCAGUUUGUUUUCAGCUUUCUGGUUUCGGUUGGGUUUCUGUGGAUGCAUUUUAGCGGCGGCGGGUGCGAGGGGUUGAAGGGUUGGCUGUUUAAUGCUGUUUUUAAUGCGUCUCUGCUUUUGCUCUUCGUUGAUUUUCAUUCCGCCGCGUACGGGAAGGAGAAGGAGAGCGUAUAGGUUUGCGGAAUGAAGAAUUGAGAGUUAUAUCCGCGUUACAAUUAAUCUAAUUUCUCGGUAAUCUACUUAUAACUUAUAUGUAUCUUCUAGUAAGUUUCAUAUUUCUAUUUUCAUAUAUUUGUAGGUUACAUGUAACUUACAAAGAUAUUAUAUGAGAUAUAAUAUGGAUAUAACCCUAAAUACCCUCUGAAUAACAGAACUCCCUAA